AUGGUUGGCGGUGGCAUGGCAUUCCUUGCAACGCUCGUUACGCCCAAGAUGAAAGACACAAGGUCCCUCGCAUCAGUAUUUCUGCUUCUGAGUCUUGCCACCUCUGGAGCUGCUCUUUGGGGUCUGUCUCUUCCUGUUUCACUACAGCAACAGCCGCUAGUUCCCGCGCAGGGUCAGCAAUCAAUCAUGGACAAAUUCAUUCCUAGCAUUGCCAAACCUCAAUCUACAGCUCCGAACGAGGAUGUUGUUGGUGGAGCAGAUCAACCUGUGGUCUCGGACGUUCUUCCAAAGACGAAGGGUAUUAAUAUCUUUGCCCAGCUGACUCGAGAUUUCGACUCCAUCUCCUCUCGCCUCAAUGACGCUUCAAGCAACAUCACCGUCCUCGCCCCGCGUAACAGUGCUGUACAGGGCCUACCGCGCAAGCCAUGGGAGGAUCCUGAAGACUACGCUAAAUUCGGAGAGAUGAAUGCUUAUGAGGGCACCGAUGGACAGGAGCGGGCAAGACGCAAUCUACGGCGUUUUGUAGAGGCUCAUAUUGUCCCUGUCAGCCCGUGGAGGGCUGGCGAAGAGGUCGCAAGCCUGGCAGGAGAAAAGCUGAAGUGGACAAAAGAAGGCGAUAAGAUCAUCCUUCAACCUGGAAACAUUGAAGUGGACAGCAUUGCUGAGAAGGUCGCCAAUGGAGAAGUGUGGGUGUUGAAUAAUGUGAUCAACUAUCGUUCAGGUUGA